GGUGCUGGUCGCGCGAACGAUCGGCGUCGCGAUUGCUAUCGGAUUUCCAAAGCUCUUCGCGUAUUGUCACAUUCAAAAAUGGAGUGCCGGAAUUCAGCACCCCACUUUUUUUCGAAUUUUUUCUAAAACAAGCAAACUCGGAAACGUUAUCUUUGCCACACGGUCAACAAUCUCCCCCCUAAACUCUGUCUAAACCGUUGAGUGUAGAUAGGAACCUAUCUACAUUCCUAUCCACACUCAACGUCUAAACCAACUUCGCAAAUUGUCGGCCAAUCAGCCAUUGUUACGGCCAUUUGUUUUUGUGGUCGGCAUACCAAAGACAACUACAAAAGAUAUCAACGACUAUUCGUUACGGAUAUCAGAAUCGGACACUGUAGAGCAAUUCUGAGUUCUUUUGUUCAGUUCUGCCCCAUUACCAUGGCCAAUGAUUACCCGAUGCAGGUUGUAAAAGAACUGAAGGGAGGUGGAUUAUUGUAUCCAAAAAACAUACCCAAUGAUCGUGGUAACACCGGUAUGGUUCUACAAAUCAUAGUCAUUUUCAUACUGUGGACAACAUGCAUCCAUUUUGCUUCGAGAAACCGAGAUCUUGUGGAAGCAGUUAAAUACAGCUAUUACUGCUCCAUUAGUAAUAUAUCCAUGAUCAUAUUAUGCAGUCUGAUAUGGAGAUUGAGCAACUUCUUUGAAGAAAUAAAACACAUGCAUUCGAGGUACGAUGAUAGCAUGUUUUCGGUUUUCAAAGCUGUAUUCCAGUUCAACACGGUCUCCACGAUCAUUAUUGUAUUGUGUAUCUCGUCAUUGAUUGGCAUGGCAAUGGAUGUAGGAACACCAUUGAAAUAUCUUUGGAGCUUUGGACCAAAUUCAUACGUCUUCUCACUGCUAGCCUCCAUGCUGAUAGUGCACAUGAUGAACAUUGACCAAAGCCAGUUAGAUACAGCUCUGAAACUUUCUCAACUAUCAGGACUGGACUACGGCAGUGGCUUGGCGUACAGCUAUUUUUAUGGAUAUCUCAACAUCGUACUUCCAUCUCGCGGAGAUAAUAGCAAGGGGCUUCAUGAUAAUAUCGCGACGUACGAGGCAGACAACGGAGUAACCAUCCCAGUGAAGAAGCUCUUCAUUUUAAUACCUACAUCACUUCGUAUUCCGCCUGAUCUGAAAGAAGCCAGUUACGGUUGGUUGGAAAGUACAAAGUCGUUAGAGUCUGUUAUCAAAGCUCGAGCCGGUACGACUAAGCGUAAUUAUCAUAACACUGUCUACAAAAUUCACCGAGGCGGGGUAGAAGGUAGACAUGCUCCUGUCUAUGUGGUGACCGAAGGUGCCACUCCACUGCAAACGUUCUACGAAGUCUUGCAGCACUCUGGAAGAGAUUCGACCGCUUAUGCCGAUUUCAGUAGGGAAAUUGUUGGAUCUUUCUAUAGGACACUGCGCCAUAUCAUAAGGAGUAAAUUGGAAUGCCGAGAUCUUUGCGAACUUGUUUUUUAUGACGACUUUGAUGCGGAUCACAAAGUAGUGAACGUCGCUGAGAUUCUGCUCGAUAAAAUAAAUGAACAAGUUAGUCUACCAAAUUAAGAUGACAAUAGUGGUGUUGAACGCUACUUCUGAUGACCGACGGUGAUGGAAAAUAAUUUUACGGCAAUCCGUAAGUGAUUAUACUAUAAGUCUAUUGAGAGAAGAUAAAAAAUAGUCUUCCCAACUAUCCUCAUUCCAUCCUAUUCGUAUGUUGAGGUAUUUAUCUACGGACAACUAUAAAUCUAUUUCAUAUUUGAAUGAAAAAAAAAUUUAGCUUUGUUUCAAUAUAAUAAAUAUGAAAAGUCCUUGUAGCUAUGCUAUAGCAUCUUUCGCUUCUUCAGAAAUAUUUCUGAAAUAGUCUAACAACUAUAUUCUUCUAGUUUUUAUAUGAGUAUGAAACGAAAUUAAGUUACUGAGAGUGUACAAUAAAUGAGCCAUUAUUAAUAGAUAAAAGUCUAAUAAGAGAUGAUUAGGUUAAAAACUUUCAUUUUGAGACUGAAUUUAUUAUUAUAUGUAUACUUCUUACGUGUCAUGUAUUACCAAAAGUGACGCGUGAACAAAUGUUUUCUAUUUUUAAAAUGUGAUCAAAUAUAAUAAGUAAUCUCAAGAGAGUUAUGUAACUUGGGAACAUACCAAGUGUACACGUACUUACACUUUCGUGUACCAAUCUCGCAAUAUAAGGAUAUCAUUUUUGAAAAAAAAAAGCGUAAGAAUCAAUUGUCAUUUAUAAUUCCGUCUACCCCUCCAAAACUUAUAGAAAUUUUUGUCUCUGUGAAUUUAAAAAUUUCAUUUGAUUUGAGGAUGGUCAAAAUCUACUAACUGGAGAGGAAAUUAGAACUCAGGCAUUUCUCAUGCAUUGCAUUUUUUGCAGUGUUUAUAAGCCCCCCCCUCUCCCUUAUUUUAUUUCAUCUCUAAUGAUUUCACAUUCAUAGCAGAAAGCAAAAUAACUUUGACACAUGAAAAAAAUAAUUAUGCCUUAUCCCACGACGCAUAAUUCUUCUUUAUUAUUGAUCCAAAAUUCUAAUAAUACACAAUCACAAAGUGGUUGUUGUUGAUGUUGUUAUUAUUAUUAUUAUUAUUAUUAUUAUUAUUAUUAUUAUUAUUAUUAUUAUUAUUAUUAUUAUUAUUAUUAUUAUUAUUAUUAUUAUUAUUAUUA